AUGUACUUUAAGUCGCUCUGUCUCUCCUCACAGAAGAAGUAUAAGGACGAAGCGGAGCGUCUUAAGGGACGUUACAGUCUGGUGUCAGAGACGCCCGAGAUGGAGAGAGUCAAAGCCAACCAGAGACACAUCAGCUCUCUGCGGUACUGCUGGGACUCCAAGCUGAUGAGAGGCCUGACGUCUUCAGUCGCAGAGACGCCGGAGAUCGUCCUCGCCAGAGAGAACGCCAAGAGGAUCAGCGAUGUCCAGUACAGAGAGGACGUGGGUCGCGGCACCGCCGUCAUGGACACACCUGACAUGGAGCGCGUCCGCCGCAACCAGGAGAACAUCAGCUCGGUGAAGUAUAAGCAGAGUGCAGUGAAGGCGUCGAGUGUCGGAGUGACUCCAGAACUGGAGAGAGUCAAACAGAACCAGGAGAACAUCAGCUCGGUGAGGUACCAGCGCGGGCUGCAGGAGCUGAGAGGACGCAGCUGCACCGAGCUGGACACACCUGAGUACAGGCGUGUCCGGAGGUCACAGGAUUCUGUCUCCAUGGCCAAGUACCACGAGGACUUCGAGCGGGCGCGCGGCCGCGGCUGCACGCCGGGAUUGGACGACCCCAGCAUGGAGCGCUACCACAGAGCCAAUCAGAUGAUGGGAGAGGCGGGAUACAGCAAAGGGAUCCACCCACAGGCCGUGGAGAUGGACAGACGACCAGGAGGCAUCAUCGUCGGUCAGUGACGUCACACGUAUCACUCUGCACACACAAUGUCCUUUUCAGAUUAUUACAUUAUUUAUUAUUAUGUUAUUUUUUUUAACCAAC